AUGGGUAUUCCAAAAUUCUUUAGGUACAUCUCUGAAAGAUGGCCUUUAAUUUUACAACUUAUCGAGGGAAGCCAGAUACCCGAGUUUGAUAAUCUUUAUUUGGAUAUGAAUUCGAUUCUGCAUAACUGUACACAUGGAAAUGAUGACGAUGUGACGAAGAGAAUGACAGAGGAAGAGGUGUUUGCCAAGAUUUAUGCGUAUAUUGACCAUCUGUUCCAUACCAUAAAGCCUAAGAAAGUGUUCUAUAUGGCAAUUGACGGUGUGGCACCUCGUGCUAAGAUGAAUCAACAGAGAGCGCGUAGAUUUAGAACCGCAAUGGAUGCAGAGAAGGCCUUUGAAAAGGCCGUGGCCAAUGGUGAAGAGAUUCCGAAGGGUGAACCGUUUGAUUCUAACUCUAUUACUCCAGGUACAGAGUUUAUGGCUAAAUUGACAAAGAAUUUACAGUAUUUCAUUCAUGACAAAAUUACAAACGAUUCGAAGUGGAGAGAUAUAGAUGUCAUAUUUUCCGGUCACGAAGUGCCCGGUGAAGGUGAACACAAGAUAAUGGAUUUCAUCAGAAAUUUGAGAGCCCAGAAAGAUUUUGAUUCCAACACAAGACAUUGUAUCUAUGGGUUGGAUGCGGAUCUUAUCAUGUUAGGGUUAUCCGUUCACGAUCCUCAUUUUGCAUUAUUAAGAGAAGAAGUCGUUUUUGGUAGAAGAUCAAGCACCGCUAAGAGCUUGGAAAAUCAAAAUUUCUACUUGCUGCAUAUAUCGAUCCUUAGGGAAUACAUGCAAUUGGAGUUUCAAGAGAUUGCUGAUGAAUUACAGUUUGAUUACGAUUUUGAACGUAUCUUGGAUGAUUUUAUCUUGGUCAUGUUUGUCAUCGGUAAUGAUUUUCUGCCAAACUUGCCAGACUUACACCUGAAUAAAGGUGCUUUCCCCGUUUUAUUACAAACUUUCAAAGAAGCAUUGUUACAUGUUGACGGUUAUAUUAACGAACAUGGUCAGAUCAAUUUGGAAAGAUUAGGUGUUUGGCUCGAAUAUUUAUCCAAAUUUGAACAGAUGAAUUUCGAACGUUCAGAUGUCGAUGUCGAUUGGUUUAAUCAGCAAUUGGAAAACAUCUCUUUAGAAGGUGAGAAAGAAAGAGCUCGUACGGGUAAAAAACUGCUACUAAAACAACAAAAGAAAAUUGUCGGUUUGGUCAAACCUUGGGUGAUUGACGUGAUGUCUCAACGAUUCCAUCCAAAUCUUGCUGAAGAAGAUGUACCAACUUUAAGUCUGGAUGACGAUCGUAUUACAGAGAACUUGGAGUUCCUGAAAGAGUUCGCCUUCCAAUUGGGGCUAUUUGUUACCCAUUCUCGAUCAAAGGAUACGUAUUCUUUGAAAGUGGACGUUGAUGCGAUUAACCCAGAAGAAACCGAUGAAGAAUUUGAACAACGUCAAAAAUCAAUACGGAAAACCUUAAAAAGAUAUCAGCAGGCUAUCCUCGUUGAGGACCAAGAAGAGCUUGACAAUGAAAGGGAAGUCUACGACGAGAGAUUUGCACAAUGGAAAGACAAAUACUAUAAGGAUAAACUGGGUUUCAGCUUCAACGAAACAGAAAAACUCACGAAGUUAUGCCAGAACUACGUUGAAGGUUUGCAAUGGGUGUUGUAUUAUUAUUAUAGGGGUUGUCAGUCAUGGGGUUGGUACUACCGUCAUCACUACUCUCCUCGUAUUUCUGACUUGAAACUUGGUUUAGACCAGGUGAUUUCUUUUGAGAAGGGCCAUCCAUUCACGCCAUUCCAGCAAUUAAUGGCUGUUCUACCAGAGAGAUCCAAAAACUUGAUUCCAACUGCUUUGAGACCACUAAUGUUCAAUGAAAACUCUCCUAUUCGUGAUUUCUAUCCAAAGGAGGUUGAUUUGGAUAAAAAUGGCAAGACUGCUGAUUGGGAAGCAGUUGUAUUGCUAUCAUUUGUCGACGAACAUAGAUUGAUAGAUGCCAUGGCUCCUUACUUGCCCAGACUCUCUCCGGAAGAGAAAGUAAGAAAUGGGGUCGGAAAAGACUUGAUAUACUAUUUCAACCCUCAAGUUGACGUUCUUUACAAGAGUCCCUUGAGUGGUAUCUUCUCAGAUAUUGAGCAUGAUCACUGUGUUGAAAGAGAGUUCACUCCUCCACAAAUCGAAGAAUCUCAAUUUCGUUAUGGUUUGUUGCCUGGCGCUAAGGUCGGUCCAAACCUUUUGGCCGGUUUUCCAAGUUUAGAAACUGUUCCUUUCCGAGGAGAAUUAGCAUAUAACGAAACAUGGGUUUUCCAACAGCCAUCCAAGCAACAGUCUAUGGUUCUCAAUGUUCAAAAUAUCUAUGAGGAGAACAACGUGACAUUAGAGGACUUGAGUAAACGUUUUCUGAACAAAGUCGUUUACACAAGAUGGCCAUUUCUAAGAGAAUCAAAAUUGGUAUCUAUUACUGACGGACAUAAAGUUUAUGAGAAAUCUGAAGCCUCGAACGCCAAAAUUGUGAUUAGGCCUGCAGAUGACUCAGAGGUUAAACUGUUUAAGUCUUUGAAGUCUUCCACAGUCAGAAAUUAUUCCAAGGAUAAGGCAGUGUCUUUGAAAAAAGUAAAUGCCAUAGUAAAAGUUUUGCCUGUUACUGAUCUAGCGAGAAAUGCGAGGGGUGCAUUCGUCAAAAUGUUUAGUUCUGAACCUGAAUACUACCCGUUGCAACUCAUGGUAGAUUCAGUUGCGAAUGAGGAUGAAAGAUUCAUUGAGAGAGAGCCUGCUCCGAUCGAUCAGGAGUUUCCUCAAGGUUCGCAUGUCAUUUUCCUCGGUGAUUACGCCUAUGGUGGGGAAGCCAUAAUUGAUGGUUUCAGUACUAGCACCAGACUCAAGUUAACUGUGAAGAAGGCAUCAUCUAGAUCGGAACCCACUAUUGGUAAGGAAAGAGCAAAGAUCGAUAAUUCUUUAGUCAAGUACUUCCCAUCUUUUGUUGUGUCGAAAAGGUUACAACUACAUCCACUGUUUUUGUCUAAGAUUACUGCCAAAUUUUUAGUUGCAAACUCUUCUGGAAGGCACACCAAUGUUGGUAUUCCAAUCAAAUUCGAAGCUCGUCAUGAAAAAGUACUUGGAUAUGCGAGACGGAAUCCCAGGGGUUGGGAGUUUUCCUCUUUGGCUAUUCAGUUGAUUGAGGAUUACAGAAGGACGUUUCAUGAUUUCUUCACAAGACUUUCUCAGACUCGCAGUAAUAUUCCUUCUAUUGGGGAACUGUAUCCAGAGCUCACGAAUGAUAAAUCAGACCGGAUUCUGGAGGAUGUCAAGAAAUGGCUAAAGACGGCCACAGAGAAGUUUGUUAAAGUCUCUUUGGAAAGUGACUCUUUGACGAAGGUUUCUAUGCAGGCUGUCGAAGAACAUAUUUUAACAUAUUCUUCAUAUCUGGAUAAGGUGGAGAAAAAGCAGUUGGCUAAAGUGCCAUGCGAUGCUGUGCUUGACCCCAAGACUUCAUUUGCCAUGCUACGCGGACAGAAAUUUGAUUUGGGUGAUCGUGUUGUUUAUGUUCAAGAUUCUGGGAAAGUGCCACUGUUCUCUAAAGGUACAGUCGUUGGUUACACAACUCUUGGGUCGAGAUUAUCCAUUCAAGUCCUCUUCGAUAAUGAGAUUGUUGCUGCUAACAAGUUUGGCGGCAGAUUGAGAACCAAUCGUGGUCUAGGUCUUGAUGCUUCAUUCCUAUUGAAUAUUACCAACAGACAAUUCAUUUACCAUUCGAAGGCUUCAAAGGAAGCCACCGAGCAAAAGAAAACAAUUAAGGGCUCCACUGCUGCUCAGAGAGCGAGAGUUGUGGAUAUUAAGAAACAAAGAGCUCACGAUCUUUUGACUCAUAUCAAGAAACCUGACGGCGAAAAUUCCACAAAGCCUAAGUUGAAAAAAGCUGAGCCUAAAACUAAAGAUCAAAAGCCUGCCGUUUCAAACUUGGAAAAUAUCCCGGCAAGUGGGCCCAAUGCGGGUGGUGCCAAUACUAUGUCUGCCAAUACACUGUACAACGCGGUGGUGAACCAAUAUUCAAAUGGUGGUUUUUACCCUCAGAACGUGGCACCAUCGGGAUCCCAACCAAAUGGUGGCUUACCGUACCACUUACCACCGGGUUUUGUUCAACAGCCCUUCGUCCCAAUGCAGCCACCGUAUGCUAACCCAAUUCAUCCCAUGAACGGACAACCACCUUUCCCUUUUCCUUUACCAAACCAAGCCCAUCAAGAGCCUCCAAAGGUUGAUGAAAAGGCAACUAACGGCUUGAGAAAUGCUGUUAAAGGUAAGAAUGUCAGAAAAAACAUGAGCAAUCAAAGAAGCGAAGGUCGGACGACUGACCGCCGUCCUGAUGGUCACAAAAGCAUGGGAAGUCAUUCCAGAGGUGAGGAUUCUAAAAAGCAAGAGCCAAAAGAUUCGAAACCUGCCGCAGCUGAAAAUUGA